AACACGUAGAAUUAUUCUUUCGCAGCAUAUAUACGCACGCAGUGUGGAAAAAUCUCUCUAGUGCGAAAGAAAUUUCCUUCGUUUCGCAGCAGCUGCUUUCACAAUAUGAGUUUGAGGAAGUUUUUAAUUUUUUUGGACAACCCGCAGGCUGUUUUCUUCGCUGGGCAGAACGUGUCGGGAAGGGUUUUUGUCAAUAACAUAGAACCCGUGAAACUUCAAGGCAUCAAUAUUAAGUUGACGGGAGAAGCUAAAGUGAGUUGGAUGGACGGCCAAGGCUCAAGUCACUCGAAAAGUGAGCCCUAUUUCAAUCAUCAAACCGUUCUUUUGGGAGGAGCAGGACGUGGCUCUGAGAUUUGUCUUGCUCCCGGCGAACACUUUUAUCCUUUCAACUUUGACCUGCCCGCCAACAUUCCGUCGUCCUUCGAGGGCGAGCAUGGCCACAUCAGGUACUGCGUCUCGGCCUCGAUGGACCGUCAGGACCGAGCCUGGAAGCUCGACCUGGAAACCUCGGCGCCCUUCGCCGUCAUCGCCCUUCUUGACCUCAACUCGGACCCUCAGUUUGCCGCGCCAGUGAGUGCCACCGAGACCAAGAAGUUCUCCUUCUCUUCAGGUGUUGUCAACGUCGUCCUAUCGUUGCCGGCUGGGGGUGUCGUGCCUGGAGAGAUCCUUCGGCCCACUUUGGACGUAAAAAACAACUCAAAGGCCCACCUUGACCGCGUCAGACUAAAAUUAAGGCAGGUAGUGACAUACAUCGUGAGCGUCGCAAGGGUAAAUAUUUGCUAUGCGACCGUCGCCAUGAGUUUUUUCGAUUCCGUCAAACCCGGACAGUCGCUCACUUUUGAACAGGACAUGUUCAAAGUCCCGCCUCUGCCACCCUCGAAUAAGUACUUGGAAAAGUGCAAUGUCAUCGAAGUCGGCUACGUUCUCAAGGCUUCUUUUUCGCCGAGAUCGUCCUUGCACAGCGAUUUCCACGUCGGCUUUCCUGUCGUCGUCGGCACCAUUCCUCUGCGCGCUAAUUUGCCACAACUGCAGGCCCCGCCGACCUACGAAACGUGCUUAUUGGGCACGGCCAGCAAAGUCAAGAAAACAGACAAACUCUCGGUGCCCAAGUACCCUGUCUACCACAAUUAAAACUGUAGAGAUCCUUCAAAUGAAUGUUUACCGCCCUCAAGGAUCAACGCACCGGCCGUUCGAGUACACCUGUCCCUUUUGUCUGCAGGCAGCUUCCCUGGCUUCCUUGAUUGCGGCGGCAAUGUCACCCAAACUGUCUCGUUUCUCCCUCGCCUCCUCCAACUCAACGUCCACCAAAAGGCCACUUGGUGCGGCCACGCCGACGGCCAGAAGUGCGGACAACACCAGCACAGCGAACAGCAACGUCGUCUUCAUCUUCAAGUCGAGAAUGAUCGCAAUUAUCAGAAAACCUCCUCCUUAAGUACUUUUUUUGCAUGAAAGUAGGAUGUUUUCUAAUUUAUGCUGUGAGGUUUUUUGCCACAAAGAGAGGAAAGCCGGAUCGAGUUGACAUAAUUUAAACACAAGAUCUUUGCUGGUGGUUGAAGAAAUAUUUAAUUAAGUUGCGGUUUUUAUGGCGCGCUUGUUAUUUUGUGGUGAAAAUUUGUAAUCAAGCCGCUCAAAUAACAUCCGCGCUUUGACCCCUCAAUUCUGCAAUGUCAUUUGCUUUACGAAAAAAUAGUAGAGAAAAUAUAAGUUUGGCCCUUAACGGAAAAACAGAAAACUACAGGAAUUCGUUUCAUGAUUGAUAUUUUCAAUAAAUAUCUUUACAAAAAUCAAGAAAGAAAGGAUUUCGAUCAAAUUUUAUUUUUUUUUAAUGUGAAAAUAUUUUUAAUGCUAAACAUCUUAAAAUUUAAUUUUUGUUUUUGACUUGAAGUAAGAUAUUGUGUAUUUAAAUAUUAUUGAAUGGAGAAUAAAUAAACAUUUUUUACUGAGGGCAUUGUAAUCCCCUCAGUCAUAAAAAAAUCCAUAAAUUAAAUAAGGGCACAGGCUGUAAAGACUGAUGUUAAUAUCAAUUAUCAUUUAUUAAAUCAUUUAAUGCGGGUCUAUUGAUAAUUGUAAAUAAUAACCUUGACAGUCUGUAUACAAAAAAGAGGGGUAAAUUUUAUGGCGAAGAGAAAUGAGAGGCUUGCUUGACCUUUUUUUAGUCCAUUUUAAACCAUCUGAAAUACCACAUUUGACUCCAGAGUACAACAAUCAAACAAUGCACUGAUUUGACCAUAUCGUAAGCAUCUCUUUAAUAUUGUUAUGAUAAUUUUUUGGAACAAUAUUUCAUUGAAACAAAAGGAGUGAUAUUUAAUAUUUAACACAAAGUUUUAAUUUUGUUCAUAAUCAACUGGCAUAUUUUUAUAUCCUUGCAAAUGGCUACACUUCUGUUAAUUAAACGCACUUAUCAGUUCCAUCAGCACAGAAGAAGCAAAACCCUAAAAUCCAGAUUGCAAAGCCAGGGGGUCCCUUCGUUCUGCACUCCUCGUAGUCCAUCCGGAAACUUACUCUUUUCGCAGAAGCUUGUUCCAGGCAGACGGCCAAAAGGACGGCCAACACCAGCACAGUGAACAGCAAAGCCGACUUCAUCGCUUCAAAUUAGGAAUGCUCGAAAUCCUCUAAUGACCUUUCCUUAUAUAAGCAUUCUUUGCAAGAAAAAACAAAGGAUGUUUUCAGAAGUAAAAAUCGUGGGUUUUUUUUUCACCACAAAAGUAUGCAGAUGCAAGGUCAAAGAAUAAAUAAAUAAAAUUAAGAUUAUUUAUUACCUACAACAACCUAAAUAUCCCUCUUUUCU